GUGUGCUCAUAAUAUCAACCGCAAAAGUCAGACUUGAAAUCAAGUUUAGUUUGGUGUGUUAUAAUUUCGAGGGUUUGUAUUAUGUUGACCUAUAUUCAUGACCUUGACCUGUGCUCUGUGGCACGAUUUGACUGUUCUUAAUUCGAUAUUGCACUGUUAUGGUUUAUAGGAAUGUGUGCAUUUUGAUAUUGCGCUGAGUUUCCUCUGUCACUUUUGACUGCCAAUCAAACGCCUGAGAGUGAUCGAGUAUGCCGGGUAUUGACUUUCUACGACUUCAGGAUGCAAGAGACGAUUCGCCCCAGGCGAGAUCGAUGCUUGGUCUAUUUGAAGAAGACGCUGCGUUGUUUAUGAACUAUGUGAACGGUCUACAUGUUGUGUGCAGGAAGGUGGUGGAAUGUGAGAAUGCAUUGUCACUAGCUGUUCAAGCAGUUUCCAAGAAACUCAAAGACUAUGGGAAUUUGGGUUUUCCACUGGGUAGAGAUGACAGCAUCUUGGCAUCAACUCUCAAGCAGUUUGCAACAACGAUGGAGGAGGUGAGUUCUGUACACACUGGUCAGGCAACUCAGCUGAACGAUCUAAUGGUUCAACCGCUGGCGUCGUUUAGCAACAAUGAACUGAAUGAAAUCAAUACUCUGAAAGAACUCACUCGAAUUCUAGAUCAAGAGCAUGAAAAUGCCACAUCAAAGUACUGUCGUGUUUCCAAGAAGAAAGAAAAUGAAACCAAAGCCAGAAUAGAAGCAAAUGAAGAAUUGUUCCAGUGCAGGAAAAAGCUCUUACAGAACUCCUUAAUGUAUUAUAACUCCAUGAACAUGUUGCAAUAUAAGCGUACUACGGGCCUGUUAGAACCAAUGCUGGGUUUCUUCCAAGCUCAGCUGUCUCUCUUCAGGAUGGGCAAGGAGACUUUAAACAAGCAGACUGAAGAGUACUUGUCCGACAUCACAACAAGUGUUCAGAGUGUCCAUUCAGAGAUGGGUAAGCUAGCCCAGGAGUCCAGUGACAAGAUGCAAGAGAUUCAAGAAAAUUCUGUCUAUUAUUUCAUGCCAGAACCCACACCUGAUAUGCAGAUGCAGCCCCGUCUUGUAAAAACCAACCUCAGUCAGAUAGCAGGGUAUCUGAUGAUUAGAAGCAAAUCUGGUCUAAGUCAUCGGUGGGAGCGUCAAUAUUUCUUUACUCAAGGAGGAAACUUAAUGAGCCAUGCCAAGGGACAGAUUGCUGGAAGCUUAGUGAUUGACUUGGACAGAUGUACUGUCAACGCAGCUGAUAUUGAUGAUCGCAGAUUCGUCUUUCAAGUCACAAGACCUGAGGACACUAAGAAGGUGGUGACUGUACAAUGUAUGAGUGGAUCCGACAGGGAAGAGUGGGUUACAACAAUUCGUAACAUUUCCAGUGGAUUCUACGUGUCCGAGAGACCACCUGAGAAUGGUAAACCUCAGCCUCAAGGAAGUGAUGAGGUUCGAUCCAGAACCCUAAGUGCCCCACCCACUGCAGGUUCAAUGACCAUUCCAUCAAGCCAGGGGCGAGGAGACAGCCCCAGCCACUCAUACACUGGAGGGACACGCCCUAAACAUCCAGUGUCUUUGUCUAAUGUACCCCAGAAACAACGAGCAGAGAGCAUCAAGUCAAGAGAGCGUUUCCACUCUAGCGACACCAGUCAAUCCAGCAGUCAGGACAUACCACCUACUCCACCACCGUCACCAUUUGAUUCUCUACUAUCCAGUACACCGAUACAAUUUGAUAUGAUCUCACCCAGCGAGGAGCAACUCCCUCCAGUCAGAUAUGCCCCGCUCCCAAAAGAUGUCCACCAAAGGAGAUUGAAUCCCUUUGGCGAUUCUUCGAGUGACUCCACACCAGUACAAGUUUCGGGAGUCACCGAUACUGUGGGUUUCGUUCAGAUGUACGUUCUGAGAUUCCUGGGGUCGAUGGAGGUCGGCAGGGACAAAGGGCUGGAUGUUGUCAUGGAUACAAUACGCAAGAUCAUGGCUGCCAGAGCGAUUCAUAAUGUCUUCAAGAUGACAGAAUUGAAUAUCGUGGUGACCAGUAAUUAUAUCAGAUUACUGGACUCUGCUAAGCAGGUUAUCAAGGCUCAUCAUGAUAUUCAAGAUGUGUCAUUUUGGGCUGCGCAUCAAGAGAAUAAAAGAUUGUUUGCAUUUAUCUCCUCGACUAAGACAAUGGGUACACGACUGCAAGCUCAGUUCAUGUGUCAUGUCUUUGAAUCGGACGUCAUGGCUGAUGAGAUAUGCCAAGCUCUAAGAAUCGCUGCUGAUAUUGCAUUCCAGUCUAUGCUGCAGCAACGCACCACAGCUAUGGCAGCGUCACAGAGACAAGAGAAGACACCCCUCAGUGACUCGCCAAAUUUAGUUCUUGCCCCAACAAACAACCAACCAGCACUGCACCACAAUCAGCCACAGACCACACCGCAGCUGCACAACCAACCACCACAGCACACCACGCCAACUGGUGGAUUCAUACCCAUCCACACAAUACCUACCAAUGACCAAGUAGGAUCAGCAUACAACACCAACAAAAAUAACUCUGUAUCUCCUCCAUGCGGCGCCCUCAGCCCUGAUAACGUUAGUGGGUUAGAGGGACUUCAUUUAGGACAACGAAUGGAAGAAAAGAGCAACGAGAAACCAUUGAUUUUGGAUGAAUCCGAGGCUUAAAGGAACACUACAGAAUUGGUAAGAAAAAACUUGUCUACGAUCACAGACUUGCAUAAAACUUACAUGGUCUAAUGAUGAUGAUAGUAGAAAACAUCUGUUGAAAUACUGUCUGAAGUGUCAUAUUUGAUGAGAAAUAAAUAAAUUCAUUUUUAAGUUUGGAGUUUAUCGCUCAGUGAACGUUUUUGUCAUGCAGCAAAAUGUGUAAUCCGUUUUUCACCAUUUUCUUUUGACCCAGAUGGCUGAUCGAUCUCAAACUUCUUCAGGUUUGUCAGUUUAUGUACAUGGUGGAUUACAUAAAGUGCUUACACUGCCAGCAACUGUUUUGUUAGCAAAGGCUGGACUGCCAUUGUCAGGGGCAAUUUUUUUUUCCCAUCCUAGAUGAAACACUAUAUUUCUUUGGUGGAUGAACUUUGGUAGUAACUGGCUGGUUUUGUUUGACCUUGGUAGUUGCACAACAUGCCAGGCAUGAUAUUAUGCCUCUAAAGUCUGAUUCCUGAUAUUUUUGCCCUUGAAAAAUCAGAAAAAUUGUGAAUUGUCCAAAGUUUCCAACAUGUUUCAGGUUGUAUAGUGAUAACUACUUUUAAGGACCCCGGACCCCCCCUCCUCCGCUUUGGAGGUCUCAUGGCCGUGUUUCUGAUCAGCAGAGCGUGGGUUCGAAUCCCCAGCCAUGACACUGUGUCCUUAAAGCAAGA